CCUGGCGCGUAUAACGCACCCAAGUACGCUUACGCUUUUCUUUCUCCGCGGUAAAUUCACCCAAACACCGAAAACUCAAAACUGAAACUUUAUACAGAUCUUAAGCAUUCCGUUUUCUUCCUUUUUCAGAUUCAAAAACCUCUAAUUUCCUGAAGAUUCCCAGAAAAUCCAGUCUCCAAGUCUCUCUGUGAUUCGUAUGAAAUCCAUUUUCUCUUUACUGGAUUUGCAACCCGAAUUCCUCCAUAGAUUCUUCCCUAGUUUAGGGUUUCUUUCAAUUCGAUGACUCUUCAAUCGUCUUCUAAUUGGAUCAUGUAAUUACCCGAUCCAUCAAAUGGCGUCUAUUCGUCGAACGCUGUCACCGGCGUAUCAGGAUCGCACAUACCAAAACGGCAUCGCUUCCACCAACUCUCCGCUGUCAGUCGCUUCUCCGUCUCACAAGUUUUUUACCAGCAACGGCACUAAGUAUUCCUCCCCAUUACCUGCCUCCUUCUUCAGCUUCAACGCCGUCCCUUUCCGACGGUUCCUGGCUUCCGCUUUCCUUCAGAAACGGAAAGGAUUUCGCAGAUCUUUCUACAGAUGCUUGAUUUUCUUCGUAGUUGGAUUCUUUUUAGGUAUAUUCCUGUUUGGUCAUGUGGAAAAUGAUGUCCAGAAUCAUGAUUUUUCUUUCGAGAUCAAGCCGCCGCAUGUCAAUGCUCAAUUGGACGACGGCGAUAAUCGCAGUAUUAAGCAUGAUGUUUUUGCGCUAAAUACUGUGAGUUUGGGGGUUGAUACGCAACUGAACUACGUUUCCAGAUUUGAUUUUGUUCCGAGGAAGCUAUUAAUCGUGAUUACGCCAACGUAUAAUCGUGCAUUACAGGCCUACUUUUUGAAUAGAUUAGGGCAGGUGCUUAGGCUAGUGCAGCCUCCGUUGUUGUGGAUUGUGGUGGAAACGAAGGCGGCUACUAUGGAGACGGCAGACAUUCUGAGAAAAACCGGUGUAAUGUAUAGGCAUGUGGUGUGCGAGAGGAAUUCCACGUCUGAGAAAGACAGAGGUGUACACCAGAGGAAUGCGGCUUUGGAGCACAUAGAGAGGCAUAAGCUUGAUGGGAUUGUUUACUUCGCUGAUGAUGAUAACGUGUAUUCGUUUGAGCUGUUCGAAAGCCUGAGAGAAAUCAGCCGAUUUGGUACUUGGCCUGUUGCAAUGCUUGCACAAAGUAAAAACAAAGCAAUUUUGGAAGGUCCUGUAUGCAAUGGAAGUCAGGUAAUUGGAUGGCACACCAAUGAAAAAAGUAGAAGACUCCGAAGGUUUCAUGUUGAUAUGUCAGGAUUUGCCUUCAACAGCUCUAUCUUAUGGGACCCAAAGAGAUGGCAGCGCCGCUCUUCGCAUCCUAUUCGACAGCUAGACACAGUGAAGGAGGGUUUCCAAGAGACCACAUUCAUAGAGCAAGUGGUAGAAGAUGAAAGUCAAAUGGAAGGUGUUCCUCCUGGGUGCUCAAGGAUACUGAAUUGGCAUCUUCAUUUGGAUGCUCAUGGUCUUGCUUAUCCCCGAGGUUGGAUGUUUCAGAAGAACCUUGACAUCGUUCUCCCCAUCAAAUGAUGACAUUGCAAUUUUGAUGUUGUGGGUUGUGGCAUUGUUUCAUGUGGAUGGCUGUUCAUUUCCAAGCAUAUUGUUGAUCCAUUUGCUUCUUUCAGCACCAAGCAAGCAUCAAAAAGAUGCCUGGCAGCGUUUGACAAAGAAACAAAGAUUUUUUUUCCACCCUUCUUUCUUUGUGAAAUUUUCUUAGCACGAUAUUCUUUUUCAGAAAUGAAGUCCUGUUUUUGUUGUAGAUUUAUGGUGGGCACUUUGGUUGGGGAGAUUUAACUGCUCAGUUUUUGGAAAUUUCUUAACCCCCCAAAAAGUGGAAGGUGUUUGUACUGUGUGGGAGGAUACUUGUCUGAAUCUAUUCUUUGUAUGUGAUAGGUUGUCCAUGAGAAUCGAGAAAAGAGCAACUCGUUUAAAAAUCUCCUUGAAAAUUUUUUUGCACUUUUAAUCUCACUACUUCCCCAUGGUCGUCUGAUUGUGUUGGUCGAGUGUUUGACCGAAACAUUGGUCAGUGGUUAUGUUGAGUCUACACCUUGAUUGUGAAAGGCUAAUGUCAAUGGAAGUGUGUGUUGGGGGCUGUUGGCUUCAAUGAUAAUUAAUUGAUAUACAGUUUUAACUAGCAACGGAAAGCUGAACUACCAGUGUUAUUUUUUCGUUUUUAUAUUGUCGGCAUCACUCUCUCUCACCUACUGUGCUAUUUCAAUUUCCAAUUUAACCUAUUAUACGCCUCUCUUUGAUCUUACUAC